GCGCUUUUCAGCAAAAAAUGAAUGCCAUCAAACACAUUAGUCGCUUAGUUAAAUCAUUUUGAGUAAACUGUAGUAGUGAAUUAAAUUUAGAAUCACAUUAUUUAUUGCUUCAAGUAUCAAUCAACACAAUGGACGUAGGUAUAGAUGUGGGUCAGGCGUAUCACACAGUGCAGUUGUCGACGAAAGAAAUGCUCAAAGCCAGUCGACGUCAACAUUAUUGCAAUAUGAUAGACCUGCUGGCCAGCAGCUGCAAAGCCUGUGGUCUACUAACCACAUCGUUUACCAACGAAGAACUUGUCCAGUUCUGGCUAGGCGACAUAUUGCCCCUAAUGUUUGACACAGAUAGCAACAUACAGAACUGUGCGGUGGCUGCAAUGGCCGAGGCACUCGUUGCACUAGACGUGGCUGUCAUACAUGAGGCCAAGUGCUGGCCGCAGAUACGCAACGAAUUUGUGAACAGCUAUACGACGCUAAUAGGCGAGAUGCGCGAUGCGAAAAACAACAAUUGGCACAAGAUCUGGACACUGCUGGUCCAGAUCAUGGAUAACGAUCUGCUGCGCGGCUGCACUUACAUCAACAAGUUCCUCGCAGUAGUAGAACUGGGCUUUCGCAACCCGGACAAUGGCAUUCGCUCCGAGGCAUUUCUGUGCUGGCGCGUGCUCAUCAAGAUCUUUGCUGCCUACAAUGAGCUGGGAACGGGCAAGCGUUUGCGGCUGCUCCUCAUACCACUGCGGACAUCGCAAUCCCGCUCACCUCAUGUUAGCAGCAUUAAGGUGCGUGUAUGGUGGUAUCUAAUCAGUUGUUUGGACGCCGAGCUGCCCAAAUCCUUCGAGAAUGCAGUUGAGUAUUUUCUGAGCUUUCUGUUUGGCGGUGGCUCGCGUGGCAAUGCCACCGGCUUGGCGCAUAGCUAUCAGACAGCGCGUGAGCUGGCGCUGCCUUGCCUGGUCGCUUUGUGGAAUAUGGAAUCUGGUUCGGAGACGCUGACGCGUUUCCUGCGUAACAUGCGCCUCGAGGACAUUAGCCAGCCGUCGCCUCUAAUGAACGCUGAGCUGCUGCAACAGCACUGGCAACCCAUGUUAGCAGCCGCUGUGGCCGGUAUGAAUCUUAUGACCGAGAACAAAGAGCACAGCUCGGAAACUGAGCAAGAGCUGCUUCAUUUGCUGCUGCGCAAUCUUACACUGGCCAUGUUCCAGCUACGCGUGGCGCCCUUCACAGUGGCUUGCUGUGCAGAGCUGGAGAAGACGCUGUCAAGCGAUGGCAGCAUUAUUCGCUCCGUUUUUAAUGCCUGCGCUGGCAUAGCGAUGCCCCAACAGCGAGCCGACGCCCAAGAGGUGCUGGAGGCCUACAUGAAACUCUGUCUCAAGGCACGCGCCGAAGUGCCAACUGCCAUAAUGCAGCGCUGUAUCUCGCUGAUCUAUGCGCCCGAGCAGUUAGAGGCGCACAAUAGCAACGAAUUUCGUCAGUUGUCCAGCUUCGCGGUGGCGCUCAUGCAAAAUAAUGAUGACGAGGACUACGAGGCCUUUGGUGUCAAGCUGCAUAUGUGGCGACAAGUAUCUGGAGCACUGCUCAGCUACCUGCGCGACAAUGCACUGGAAUAUCGCGUGGCACAGACUGCGGCGUUCGUGGACAAAUGGAUUCUGUGGCCACUGCAGACGAGCGCCAGCUUUGCUGGAAGACGCGCCAACAGCUCUUUCGAUGGUAUCUUCUGUGAGCAAUGGCGGCAGCUUAUCAAUGCCGGCCAAAACGGAAAUGCGCGAAAGAAUUUUGUCGUGGAUCUGAAGGCUGCGCUGCUUGAGCUGCUGAAGAAUGGCAGCAAAGAGGAGCCACAUUUUGCGGAACUGUUUGAUAUCUAUGUCGGUGCAGUGCUUAAGCUGGGCAUCUGCAAGGAUCCGCCACUCUAUAAGGAUGUCUUUGCACUGAUUCAAGCUGUCUUUGAGCGUUCUGCGCUGACGCAGUCACUGCUCGAGGGCUGCCUGAAUACACUGCGUAAUGUCGUCCUGGAACUGCGCCAGAACGAGCUGAUGGUCGUGUUUGAUGCACUGAAACCCGUUUUGGCAGCAGCACUUCAAUGCUGGAGCAAAGGCAAGUACGAGGGUAGCUUUCUCAUCGAGUGGAAACGGGCCAUACAGGAAAAGUUCCGGAAGCUGCCUUUGAAAACGAUGGCCAAUCAGCUUAAGGAGCUGUUCAAGGGCGAUGACCUCUUCGUUAUCAUACCAUCCGUGUGGAGCCUGAACCCGGACAAGCUCACAGAUCGCCAAAAGGAGCGCUUUGCCGAGAAAUCGGACAUACCAGCUUUGUACAAUGAUAUGAGCCAGUCGCAGGACUCCUCGAUCAAGCCCUGGACACCCAAAAAGGUGGUCAUUGCCAAGGACAAGCAAACAGAACUGUCCAUUGUCGGCGAUCGCAAUGCAGAGCAACAGAACAAUGAGCUGGACAUUGUUAUAAUUGAUGAUUCACCACCUGACUUGCUGGCCACUCCAGUUGGGGGCGUGCAAUCGCGCCGGCGUCAGCAGAGUGAAGCAGCCAACACCGAUAUUAGUGCUAACACGGACAAAUAUAAUUUCCGUAAACCACGCGGCCAAAGCGAAGAAGAGCCUAAAACCCCAGUCGCUUCAAGCGAGAAUGCACCUGUGCGUCACCUACGCAAACGGUCCGCCCAAAAGGACAACAAUGCCGAGCAGCCGACAACACCUACCGAACGAAUACGUUCACCCAGGAAACAAUCUGCAAACCCUCAAGCAACAACAACAGCAGCUGCAGCAGCUGCCAGCAAGAAGGCCAAACCCACCCCAAUGCAGAGCGAGGAUCUGUUUGCAGAAUUUGCAACCCCUACACUGCCUGCACAGGUGCUGCCAGAGGUAUCCAAGAAAACUUCAAGUGUGCCGGAAACGCAGCUGAAUGCUUCGCCAGAACAUGUUGUGGAAUCCAUAGCCAGCACACAGUUGCCAUCGGAGCAUAUGGAUCCCAAUGCAGAGACCUCGCCAAGAAAACCAAAUACGCGACUUUGCAAUUUGAGCUCUCCGCCGGAUCGCAAGCAGACAAACAACUCGUCCAGUCCCACGCUGCGCCCCAAGCCGUCGGCUCAUUUGACGGGACGCGGGGCGCAGUUGAUCAAUAUGAUACGUAAUAAGAAACUCGAUGCUAGCACACCCUAUCCAUUACCCGGUUCAUCGGCAGCACGCAACCAUGCGACUCCCGCUCGUCAAGCCGAAUGCGCCGAACAGGCAUCAACACCCACCUGCGAGCUAAACGAACUUGCUGCCACAGAGCGCACGUCCACGCCCAUUGACCAAGUGACGAAAGAUCUGCUAAUAUUUUCAAAGCGUUUGCCCUCGCCCUCAGCCAGUCCGUCAGCCUCGAUACUGAAACGGAAGCUGCGCUGCGAGAGCAUCGAUGACUUCGAGUCGCCGGCGCAGAAGCGUAAGCGCGUUAGCUUCCAUGAUCCGCCCGUAUCCAUAACGAAGGAGUAUCUGCGCGAUGUGGAGGAGUCGCGCAGUAGCAAGCCAAAGCGUGUUCUUAUGCUCGACAAAAUUUCCCAGAACUCCGAUUCGCGGCUGGCAUUAAAGCGACGUGGAAGGCUUGACAGCAUCAUUGAGAUAGAGAAGUUUGCUUUGGAGCAAACAGCCCGGAGUGCUGCGGUGGACAAGUCAAUGGACAAGUCACAUGAUGCCACAGAGGAUGAGCCUUUCGAUACGCUAAAAUGGAACGAGACAACAACGGCAGAGAAGGAAGUAAACAAGAAUAAUUCGGAGAGUGCAGCCGAGACAGAUCCACAAGAUGUGGCCAUACUGGAUGCAGAUUCUGCCUUGGAUCUGGCGGUGAAGCAAUGCUCGCUAGACGAUGUGCUAGAGCGCUUUAUAGCCAAGUCGAAUAGUUCGCCGCUGAAAAACGCACUUUGCUUGGCCAAAUUUCUAUCGAAUCAGAUGAAGGGCAAUGAUAAACUAAAGACCUGUGUGCUGGAAACGCUCUCCGAGAAUCAUUCCAAAGACUUCCUGGACCAUGCGGUGCGCGAGAAUCUGUCCUCAGUUGUGUGCGAUCGCCUCAAUCCCAACUCCGUGCUAGAGUACAUCUGCGCCAAGUCGAAGAUUAACAACAGCUGUCGCAGCAAUCUGUUGGCUCAGGUGCCCACGAUGAUACGGCAGGACGCGGAGCGCAGCGCUCUGCUCCAGCAGCUACUGCAGCAAAGCGACUUCACCGAUGACCAGCUGCUCGAUCUCAUUGGCCAGCUGAUGCAGAUGCGCAGCAAUCGAGGCAGCUGCAACUUAGGCAGCGCCAACACCGAUGACAACGUGGCCGAAACGGCAGCCGACUCAUCCUCCAAUUUAUAAUUUCAAGUAUUUUAGUUUUUUUUUAUCAUUAUGUAGCGUCCAUUAUCGACGAAUUGCAAUUUCACCUGGUUAAUGCGGUCGCUUCAGUUAUACACUUUUUGUAGUUAUUGAACCCUGAUUAUGCCAACUGCUUUUAUUAUUAGCAUU